GUUCCUUCCCAACGAAAUCAUACCUCCCCCUAUUUACACUAUGCGUUUCCUAAGAACCCUUGUCACCUUAGCGUCGCUGGUUAUGGUGACCCCGGCCGUAUCCACCUCGCAAAAGGAUAGUGUCCUCAGCAGCAUCGAUGCCGUUUCUCAGGCGGUACAGGCAAACCAAGAUGCCAUCAGUCGCUAUCAAGGUGGCUCCUUGGCGGCCAUUCCCGUCGGGCGUAAAAACUACGAUUGCUGGUACGCCCUGAGAGAGGCGCAUUCUAAGCUCACCGACACAAAAUUCACACCAAAGGAGGCCGACGAGGUGGUUAAGCAUUUCACCUCCCUGAAUCAAGAUUCCAUAACAUUGCUGGACGAAUACCGUGAAAAGGCACCAGCACUGAAUAAGGCUGGCGUCAGCUUUUUGGUGCCAAUUAUGAUGGAAGCUUUGUUCCGAGAGGCGGAUGACUAUUCCGCUGCCCUUCAAGCUCUGAUGCCCGGAGAGUCUGCCGCUCCCAUGAAGCAGAUCACUGUCGAUCACAAGGCGGCAUGGGAUGAGGCAUUCGCGGCCUACGAUCCUACCCGCAAUACGGAGCCAGUGCAACAGUGGAAGACCUUGAUGUCGGUAUUCUCACCGGCCUUGACGUAUCUCAUUUGAAGAUGCAGUAUGCUAGCAUCAUUAUCUACAUCUCGGGAGACUUGAUGCUUCCAAUAAAAGUCUAAAAUACUAUCCAUAUGUGUUGUGAUCAUCAGGGACUUGAGUUGGCACUCGGUCUGGGAACACAUCCUAAGACAAAAUGACUACAGAUGUGGCAAGGAGUUUCGGGUACCUUUUCAUUGAACGAAUCAUUAAUUAUAUCCAGUAUCUAGCAUCGGUUUAUUCUUACGCCAGAAUCAGCUGUUUGAUUUGU